AUGAGCUCCAUCGCAAAAAAGCCAGCUCUUCCAAAUAAAGUGUCUCCCGACACUUCAAGCAACCGCAGUGUUGGAUACAAUGUAUCAAAGCUUUUUACCGAGCAGCAAAUGAGAAUUACGGAUGAAUUUGGUAACGAUCUGACUCCUCUUCCAAUGAUUUUUGAGGAGAAACGUGUUCAGCAGACGGACAAGGAAAAUACGCUGGAUUCAUCGAUUCUUCAGAACGCUCAGACGCAAUUCUUUAAUCAACCUUUCUCAAGAUCCCUCCAAAGUGUUUCGAACCCAUUCAGCGAAACAACUUCGGAGCAGUCUGAGAGUCAUGCUACCAAAAAUGAAAGUGUUACAGAAGUGAAAGAAAUCGAAGAAGAAGAAACUCCGGAGAAUAUUGAUUUAGAUGAACAAAUUCACAUAACCGUAUCGGAGACAGAAGUUUACUGGCUCUUCGAUCAGCAGCCAUAUUUUAUGCCUAGUGACGAUGAAUUUGCCUCCUAUCAAAUUCAACGCAACAGCGACUACAAAGCCCCACAAUGUCUAAUGUACUUUGCUCGACUGCAGCUGUGCACUUCUCGACUGGGCAACGAUCGCUACGUGGAGCGAGGUAUGAACACCAUGCCGAACCCCACCAUUGUUAAGGUGUCGCAAACUAAGGAAAUCGAACAUUCUGACAAAUCUGUCAACGCCACUGUAUACGAUCUGUGGGACACGGCUCAAGAGGCUCGAAGUGAAGGUAAAUUAAUUACCUAUGAGAAUCGAAUGGAUCAAAAUCAAAUAGCGCGUGUGUCUCUCAUCCCAACGGCAAUUUCGCGCAGCCUUAUAGACAAAAGCAAGCCUCUGCAGCUCUCGGAAGGCAUAGGUGAUGUAAAUACUGUGUCCAGUGAAUGCGUCUACAGUGAUAGCACCAUGUCUGUGGACACUGGCGAAUUCAGUUCACUGUACACUGGUUCUGGUGACAAUAUCACGGCACCUGGUAAAUCUCGGCUAUCACAACCGCUUGAUGUCAAUGAUCAAAACUUAUUAAAUUUAUUGAAAAACAUGGAGAAAGCCCUAAACUUGAACUGCUAUUACGAGAAGUAUCUGCAUUACAGAUCUGUGCUUCUGAAUAGAUUAUUUGAAGAGGGCCAUUACACUUCGGAGGCGUCAGAGUCGGAUACAACUGCAGUGCCUUCGCCUUCCACAAUAAAGUCAAAUCGGGCUAGCACGGCGCCAUCAGUGCUAGGUGGUGGAGAGAUCGAAGGAGAGGGAAUACGUGCUUCAUCACGCCAGACUGCGUACCUUCGCCAGUCCCUCGUGGCUCCGGCACAGCCAGAGGCCACCGCCACUGUUGACAUCCGCGAUCCUUCCAUCCUCAAUGGCGGGGCCAGCGGUGGUGGAGCUCCUACCGAGGGCAGUCGAACUAGCGGUCCCAACACCGAGAAUGGCAUAGAGCGAGCAUCAAAUGCUUCAAGAAAGGUUACAGUUAAUAAACCACUAGCAGGGGAGGCGGUAUCUAGUUUGCGUUUAAAGUCCGUCAGCAAAAUCUACACUCCACCCACUCUAUUGCUGCUCUGGAGGUUUGGGUGUCCUUUCACAAAGGGUAGGAAUGUGACCUCGUUGGCUUUUAACCCGAGAAACAAGGACAUCUUGGCUGUCGGCUACGGUGCUUUCGAAUUCGAUCGACAACAAUCGGGUCUGGUGUGCUGCUGGAGUGUGAAGAAAAUUAACUUUCCCGAGCGCCUCUUUCGUACGCCCAGCGGUGUCACCACCGUUGCUUGGUCUUCCAAAAAUGGAAACCUUCUAGCUGUUGGAAUGUUCAAUGGUGUCAUUGUGAUUUUUGACGCACGCAAAGGCAGUCAAACUCCUCUCCUCGACACAACGCAUGCAGCAGGGCGCCACUAUUCGCCGGUGUGCAAAUUGGAGUGGGUCUCACGUGAGGCGGGGAGGUCGACCGGUCAUACAGAGAGCCUCAUCUCCUGCUCCAUGGAUGGCAGAAUUACAGAGUGGUUCACGCUUAAGGGUUUCGAUUGUACUGACCUGAUGCUGUUGAAGAGACCCAGAUUAAAAGGUCCAAAUUACGCGAUGAGAAAGAAGCACUCGGAAGCGCUCAUCGUGAGGCAUGCGGUAGGAACCGCCCUCUGCUUCAAUGAUCUCGAUCCCAAUAUAUAUCUCGUUGGUACGGAAAGUGGUCAAAUUCACAGAUGUUCAUGCUCCUACGCCGAACAGUACCUCAGCACUUACAAUGGCCACACUGUAAAUCUUGUGUAUUUCUUUUCCUCCGUCUAUGCCGUGAAGUACUCGCCCUUUCUUCCCGACGUCUUCCUCUCCUGCUCUGCUGACUGGACCGUCCGACUUUGGCACUCAGAUCGGCAGAAGUGUUACCUCACCAUGGCGACUCAUUCUUCUGAGGUAAACGACUUAACCUGGUCGCACAACAAUGGGACCGUCUUUGCCUGUACCAAUGAGGGCAACUUGGAAAUUUGGGAUCUUGAACGAUCAACACUUGAUCCGGUCCAUGUGGAGUCCGUGUGUGCUGAUACAACCAUGUCUGCAGUUCUUUUCACCGAGGACAGUGAUGUAAGUCCCCUUUCACUAUUCAUAAUGUGA